AAUCACCCAAAAACAAUGGCCCUAACUAAGCCAAUCCUCUUUCUACUCUUCACCUCCACUCUCCUAACUGCUGCCCAAUCAUGGAACGCCACGGAAGAAGAUGACCAUUAUCCAAUGACAGAUUACCUCGUACCUUACAAUCUCACAAGAAGAACUAUUAUCGAAAAAUAUCAUGGCCCAUGUAAGCCCACAAACCCAAUUGACAAAUGCUGGAGAUGCAACCCCAAAUGGGCCCAAAACCGAAAGAAAAUAACCGAUUGUAUUAUCGGGUUCGGUAAAGGAACCACCGGUGGUAGAGCCGGCAGGUAUUACGUUGUCACCGACCCGUCCGACAAUGAUGUCAUUAACCCAAGACCCGGAACUCUCCGUCACGCCGUCAUCCAAAAAGAACCGUUGUGGAUAUACUUUGCAAGAAGCAUGACAAUUAAACUACAAAAGGAACUCAUCGUGCAAAGCCAUAAAACAAUAGACGGUCGGGGCGCCCAAGUUCACAUCGCGAACGGUGCGGGUUUCAUGAUUCAAUACGUUCAAAACGUCAUAAUUCACAACCUGUUUAUCAGCGAUAUCGUGUCUACCUCCGGGGGAUUAAUCAGGGACUCCGUCGAUCAUUACGGGUUAAGAGGAACGGCUGACGGGGAUGGUGUUUCGAUAUUCGGGUCUUCCAACAUUUGGCUUGAUCAUCUCUCAAUGAGGAACUGCGCUGAUGGUUUGAUCGAUGCGGUGGAAGGUUCCACCAAGAUUACGAUAUCGAAUUGUCAUUGGACGGAUCACGAUAAGGCGUUGUUAUUCGGUGCCAGCGAUAAAACAGACAUAGACAGUAAGAUGAGAAUAACCGUGGCUUAUAACCAUUUUGGUAAGAGACUUGUGCAGCGAAUGCCGAGAGUAAGAGGUGGUAUUGUUCACGUGAUUAAUAACGAUUACACGCAUUGGAAUAAGUAUGCUAUUGGCGGUAGCCAUGGCGCGACCGUGAUCAGCCAGGGAAACAGGUUUAUUGCGCCUAUGUUGCCCGAACUUAAAGAGGUAACACAUAGGGAUGCGCCCGAGUGGGAUUGGAAGAGAUGGUCAUGGUGUUCGCAAGGGGAUAUAUUCGCCAGGGGAGCGUUUUUCAGAAGUUCGGGCGAUUGUAGUAAAGGGAAUAUCGCGAGAUUGGCUGGAAUGGACGCCAUUUAUCCAAGACGCGGAAGAGCGGUGAAGAGCAUGACUCGUUUCGCAGGAUACCUUGGUUGUAGGCCUGGUGUGGCUUGUUAAUUCAUUAAUUAA